AUGGCCAAUUUUGCCGAAGAGCUCUGGCACAGCAUUUUCACCCCGGGAACGUCGCCGCAAUUGGUUUUCGCCACUCACGUUUCGUUUUUGUUACUGGCGUGCUGUCUGGGUUGGUUGAUCUACUGCACCAAAAAUGUGCAUUUUGUUGCGUUACUGGUAAUUGCAGUCCUACUUUGGGCUACUGUGACGUGGUUUAUCGCCGAGUUACAGUAUGCUAAGUUGAAGGACAAUGAAGAGCUGUCACGCGAGGCCGGAGCUAAAGGCAAAAAAGCUGAAACUGAACCACAGCCUCUCAAGGACACGGAUUCGAUUCAAAAGAAACCGCAGGGUAAAACUACGGCCACCAAGAGUGCCAACAAGACUACCAAGUCUAGAAAAGUUUGA